UGUUGCCUAGCAACGAGUAGUUGUAUUUUGAAUAAAAUUUAGAAAAAAAUAGCCGAUGAACUCAGUUAAGGAUAAUAUUUUGCUAUUAUUUCGAGUCUUUUAGUUUUACUUAUUCGUUAUUGGACUUGCUAAAGUACGAAACAUUGUGAACAUCAUGGCACAGAGUUUGAUCGCAAUUACUCAGGAACUUGGUUCGAAUGAUAACAGCAUAUCGACUAAAGAAUUUUUGCAAUUUGAAAAGACCUGUGAGGCGUACAAGGAUGACGACGAAGAAAUUAAGAUGAUUUUUAACGAAAUCAAGAAAUUGUCGGCCAUCAACAAGCCCGAGAAUGUGAUAAGUGAUGAUAUUGAUGAUAUUGAGUUCAUUCUAAAAAGGGCUGAAGAUAUUGCACAGGAGACUGAAACUUUACUGAAAAGCAGUCCCAAGUCAACAGCAAAGAGUAUCUGCAGCCCAAACAAGAGUGAAUCAGGUGUCAUUCUCCAAAUUAAAGUAACAAAACCUUGUGAAAAUGAAAAGGAUGUGUCGGAGCAUAAGGAAAAUAAUACUAAGGUUAACCAGUAUGCUAAACAAAAUGCUAAGGAAAAUACUGAAAUACGCCGUAAGCCAAAGCUAAGGCCUUUCUCCGCGGGCGUCAUCGAUUCAAAGAAACGCGAAACAAAUAAAGUGACAAAGUCAGUUACAAAUUCUCCUAAGAAGACGGUUAAUAAUAAUUGUAGACACGAUAAUUUGGUAGAAGAAUUAAAGGACACAACGGAAAGAGCAAAAAGCUUAGAGUUGUUAAAUGUUCAACUAAAUGAUGACAACAAAGCGUUAAGGAAGAAAUUAGAAAGCAUUUCUGAGGAGAAACAUGUUGCGGAAUUGAAGUUAGCUGAAUGUGAAAAAUUUGUAGGGAGACUCAGUAAGGAAUAUGAGAAUAGGAGUACAGAACUAAAGAGUAUUAAGGAAAAUGAAAAUAAAAUACUAGCGGAACUCCAAAAGGAACGAAAUGAUAGGAAAAAUCUGACCAUUCAACAUGAGAAGGACAUAGUUAUCAUACACGAUUUACAACGCCAAGUGAAAGAAAUGGAGAUGAUUUUAAGAAGAAAACAUCCAGACUCUGUGUCAGCUUUGAUCGUGGCUUCAAAAUCGUCAACAGUAGAAGAUAACAAGAAAAAGUUAUUGGAAGAACGUAUUGCCAGAUUGGAACAAGAACUUAAAGACAAGGAGGAUCAUUUUCAGGGCAUACUACUGACGCUACAAGAAAAGUUUGGAGACAUGAAACAAAAAUACGAAAGUCACAUUAUAGAUGUUGAAAGACAGCUAAUGGAUGAUCGAAAAGUCAAUACUGAAUUGAAGAACAAAUUGAAUAAGCAAAAUCUAGUCGAUUCAGCUACUCAAACUGUAACAAAGAGCAAACAUACCACAUCUACACAAACCUUUAUUAAACCAGAUAGGGCAUCGUCUGCAGUGAGCAGACUGUCACAAAAUUCAGCUUUAAUUUUGAAUAGGUUAAAAGAGGACAGUUAUUUAGUAGCUACCAUAAAAGGUUUGCAAUCUGAACUGACGGUUAAACAACGAACUAUUGCUAAGAUAAACAGAGAGACUGAGGAACUAAGGAAAAACUUGCGGAAUCUACAAAAGGAAAAAGAAGUGUUGCUUAAUCUGCAUCCGCACAAGAAGGCUAGUAAUAGAAGCAAGUCCACAGAGAAUAUAUUGGCAAGGAUGAACACGGAAAUGGAAGCCGAACUAGCGGAAAUAAGGACACAAAAGGAAGUGCUAGUGCAAGAACGGAACACGUUGCUCGAUUCAUUAAAACGUACGAAUGAGGAAUUCAUAUUGUUGAAGAAGAAACGUAUUCAAGAUCUGAUUAAAGCUGUGAAGACUGCCGAUUAUUGUUUUAACAACAAGCUCCAUACUCUACAACUAGCACAUGAAAAGGAGUUGAUGCAGAUGAAUCUACAAGUUUACCCGUUGCAAGAGGAGAUUAAACUCCUCAAUAAAACGGUGGAAAUUCUUCAGGAGCGGGUGCGGACUACCGAAGAAAAGCUUAUGAGGUACCAGGCGGGCAUGAAAGACGACGUGCUUGCUGGAGGCGACAAUAAUUGCAAUAAGAAUAAGAGGGACCGUUAGAUUUAAAUCCAGUUGUCAAAUUGGAACCAUAGACACGCUGCUUAAUUUACAGCGUGGCUAAAAAGAGCGCGUAACUCUAUUGUUUCGGUUGAUCCGUAACCGUUUAAUUUAAUGGUUUAAUUGAGUCGUCAGUAUUGUCGUUUUUCUUAUUAUAAAACCGUUUAGAAAAUUUUGAUAAUUAGGUAAGUAGAUAUCUAUAUAAUUGGCGCGCGACGUCUGUUUUUCUUUUUCGAAAGCAAUGUUUUUAUGUUAUCUGUCUAAAACAAAAGGAUUGUUUUUAAACGGAAAUAAAAUCUGUGCCGUAUGUUUUCGUUGGCAUCCUAAUAAACGCACAAAUGAUAAUAAUCUAGUGUCAGUGUAUUUGUCGCUCUGUAUUUUAUAUUGUUGGUAAUAAUAGUGUGAGCUAGGCGGUAACAAAGCUUGCGUGAAUAAUGAUUUUUAUUUGGAUUAUUUGUAGGGACCUAUUUUAUUUGAACACAUAAUAUGCGAAGGAAAUAAGUACAGUUUCAGUUAAAUAUUGCUUGUUGUGUAAUGUCUAUUUUACUUUUAUUACAAUAAGACACAAAUUAGGUUACUUACUGUAUGUUCACAAAACAAUGAAUUCGCACAAAUUAGGAUUAAAUAUCUUGGUACUAUUGUCUUGUUUUAGAAGGUGAUAGAGUAAUUAGAAAUGUAAUACAUUGGCAUUACGGUAUUUUUUACUAAAUCCAGCAGUGGGACUGCAAAUCAAGUAGUAGGUAUGAGGCGUAAAAGAUCGGUCAAGCGCCUAAAUCGUCGGCCGUUUGCAUCGAAAUUGGAAAUGCAACAAUGGGCAUAAUAGAACCCUGUUUCAUUUGGACACCGUGAUCGUACGAACAGGUCGGGCACAACUAACAAAUUCA